AUGGAUUUUGACAUUGGGGGAGACCACUUCGACACAGUGGGAGAGGAAUCAUCAAGUGCAGAGGAAUGGUACAAGGGCGCAGGGACUUGUUACUCUCGGGACGGCACAACCUUCUUGGACCUAUUCGACGCUGAUGAGUAUGCGGACUGCAGGAAAGAUAAUCAUUUUUAUCCUUUUGCAUCGAGGAAUGAGUGGGAAGUUGCUGAUUUUCUUCUUCGGUCCUCCCUCAGUAUGGCGGCAAUUGAUGAAUUUUUGGCACUCUCGAUGAUUCGCAAACUAAAACUAUCUUUCAACAACGCUAAAGAAUUACGAAGCCGUGCCAAGAUGCUCCCCAAGGGACCGAGCUGGAAAUGUCAACCCAUUACCUCGCCCCAUAGCACGAAACACCCAAUCCGACUAUUCUGGAGGGAUCCUGUUGAAUGCUUAGAGAGUCUGUUCAGCAACCCCCUCUUCCAUGACAAGCUUGACUUUGUCCCUCGUCGCGCUCUGCAAAACCAACUACCUAGAGGCGCUACAAUCCUUGGGACUGUACUAUCUUCCGACAAAACAAACAUCACCACUAUGACUGGUGCCAGGGUCGCUCAUCCACUUCUUCUAGGCCUUGCAAAUAUCUGCAUGCGCACUCGCACCAAACUCUCGUCUAGGGCAUUCCUACUUACAGCUCUCCUCCCUAUCCCACAGUAUUUGCACCCCAAUCAACGGAUGUGGGGCGUGCUCGAAGAUCGCCUCAUACACAAGUGUCUUGUCAUUGUCUUGAAACCAUUGAUGAUAGCAGCCGAGAUCGGGAUCAUGAUGUCAGAUCCAGUGGGCAAUGUUCGUCAUUGUUAUACGCCUCUUGCAGCCUACAUUGUCGACACCCCCGAGGCAUGUAUGCUUGCAUGCGUGCGUGGCAAAACUUCCCCGUUCACCAUGGCGUCAUAUCUUGAGUUUGGGGAUGAUUUUCGUCAUCCCGAACGCACGCGCUCUGUCACACUUGAACAGCUUGCGAACAUCAAGGCCGACCCCAAUAACCUCGAAGCUUUUUUUGAAGCAUGCGCUGAAUACCGGCUAAACGGUGUUCACGCACCUUUCUGGAUGUACUGGCCGUAUGCUGAUCCCUCAGUCUUUCUGACACUGGAAUCUCUGCACCACUGGCAUAAGGAAUUUUGGGAUCACGACCUUCACUGGUGUCUUGUAGCUGUUGGAGCACUGGAACUUGAUUUUAGAUUCUCGAUUUUGCAGCCAAUCACAGGCUACCGCCACUUCUCUUGUGGAAUCUCAAAGCUCAAGCAAGUCACAGGGAGAGUUCACCGUGAUGUUCAGCGCUACAUCGUUGGUUUGAUCGCUGGUACAGCCCCUCGUCGUUUUGUAACCGCGAUCCAUGCCCUUAUGGAUGUCCAAUACAUGGCGCAAUCCCCUUCCCCCGAUGAUAACCUAUUGACAUCUAUCAACCAAUCGCUCUUGAUAUUUCAUCAAAACAAAGAUGUCAUCAUGUCAUUGGGCGCACGGAUGGGUACUAAGAAACCAAUCGACAAUUGGUUCAUACCUAAGCUGGAGCUAAUGCAGAGCAUUACUGCUAGUACACAUAAAGUCGGUGCUCUCAUCCAAUGGUCUGCGGAUGCCACCGAACAUGCUCACAUAUCCGAAAUCAAGGACCUCGCACGACAUACCAACAAUAACGAUUACGAUCCGCAAAUCUGUCGUCACUUGGAUUGA